AUGGAUGAAAGGCUAAAGGUAAAGGAGGAAAUGUUUGAAGCGAAGCUGCAACAUGUGAAAGAGGAGAACCGUACUCUUAGACUGAUGCUGGAAGCUCUGAACAGCAAAUGCGAAAAGCUUCAGUCUCAUCUUAAAGAGAUCAAUAAUGCAGCACAAGUGGGUAUCAUGAAGUCAAACCAAAGUGGAAUAGGAUCUUACUUGGACACACACUAUAGAGCAAUACCCGAGUUUUCCCAAGCACAAAAGCUAUCACAAAUCUUUGUCAGAACCCACCCCGAGGAUAAUAGUUUGACUGUUAAAGAUGGGUAUCAGUGGAAGAAGUAUGGACAGAAGGUUACCAAAGACAAUGCUUCUCCUCGAGCUUAUUACAAAUGCUCCAUGGCUCCCAGUUGCCCCGUCAAAAAAAGGGUGCAAAGAAGCAUACUGGAUAGGUCUAUUCUUGUUGCAACUUACGAAGGAACGCACAACCAUGGUGUUUUUGGUGAAUUACAUCAGCCAUCAUCCUCUACACCCCAAAGCUCAGUGAUGGCUAAUAAUUUACCCAUGACAAUCAUGCCUAAAAACAAAGAUACGAUGAACAUGGACCUUAAUCUUUGUCGUUGGGCUCAAACAGAUAUAAGACUUUGUGAAGAUCAUAAGCAGCAACAAAAUGCCCGUGGCAACCAAAGUAAAAUUGAAGAAAAUGUUGGUUCUCUAAUCAAGGAACCGGACUUCACCAUACCAUUAGCUAAAGCAGUUGUUCACUCCAUCAAAAAUGAGAGUAAGCAACUGGGUCUCAACCUGAAUUUGGGUCUUCCAGAAUCCCAAGUGUGA